AAGCCGCUGAUAUUCAUUAUGGGACGGUAUUUUUCAAGUAAAGUAGGAAGUUAAAGUUAACAUGUUGUUGUCGUUAAAAACAAAAUAAAAAAUGUAUUGCUCCUUAGAAGCUGGACAUCCCGUUACAUCACGCAGUUAGUUACAGUCAGACGAAUAACACGUUAUUUAUCGGCUGGUUAGGAAAGUAUUUCUGUUAACUUCGCUGUCCAUCAUGACCACAACUGUCUUCAUCAGCAUAUUGGCAGCAGUGUUCGCACUCAUUCUGUCAGGUUCCAGAGUUUAUUCCCAGGAGACCCCGCCCCGCAUCGUCCACCACCCCUCUGACGUGGUGGUGAAAGUAGGAAGUCCUGCCAAGCUCUCCUGCCGGGUGGAUGGCAGCCCGAAGCCAACCAUUGAGUGGCUGCGAAACGGCCAGCCUCUGGAUAUAGCAAAGGGAGACGGACAGUUGCCGCCCAUGGUUUUGUCAGAGGGGAGCCUCUUCUUUCUGAGCGUGGGAGGGGGCAGGCGAGGUCAGUCGCAUGAGGCCGUCUACACCUGUGUGGCCAGGAGCAGCGCAGGCAUGGCCACCAGCCGCAAUGCAUCUCUGUACAUUGCAGUGUUGCAGGAUGAGUUCAGUGUGCAGCCCAGUGAUGUGGAGGUGGCAGAAGGGGAGGUGGCUGUCUUAAACUGCAGCCCCCCGAAGGGACACCCCGAACCUAAUCUCAUCUGGAAGAAGAAUGGCUUUCCCAUCAACAACACUGAUCACCACUAUACUGAGCUGAGUGGGAAGCUUAUCAUCGCUCCUGCAGAGAAGAAACACUCUGGUGCUUACGUGUGUGUGGCUAGCAACACUGUGGGAGUAAGAGAGAGCAGGGCGGCUCGACUAUCUGUGCUGGCCAAGCCUAUGUUGGUGCUGAAGCCAGAAUAUGUGUCUGUGAGAGUGGGGGAGUCUGCCCAGUUCUACUGCCAAGCUAAAGGUGACCCGCCUCCUUCUGUGGUCUGGAGCAGAGAGCAGGGGCCACUGCCCAACGGCAGGUAUCUUGUAAACCCAGACCAGACGCUCCAGAUCCACUAUGUGACAGCCCAGGAUGCUGGGAAGUACACCUGCACUGCUGUCAAUGAUGCUGGUGUGGUCGCUGUCAGCGCACAGCUACUAGUUGAAGAGGACGUCAGCACUAAACAGAGAGACCUCCACAAAGAGCUGUCAGCCCUACGAGUUGCUCUGGAAAAUGUCACCAUGAUGGCCCCUGGGUCCAACAUAUCACAAGUACAAUGGAAGCUCCAGUCCCUCCCAGCUCAGCCUCAUUACCUCGAUGGCUUUGAGGUUCUCUAUCGCUCUCUGCUGCCUGCCAUCUCGGACUGGGCGGCAAAGAAAGUGACUGUGCCCAGCUUCCAAGCCCAGGUGGGCUCCUUAAAGAGAGGCUACAAGUAUGAGUUCAAAGUCCGUCCCUACGGCAGCAACUUGUACGGGAGGGAGAGCAACACUCGGCAUCUCAGAGUCCCUGAGACAGUGCCCAGUGCCCCUCCACUGGCUGUGUCCAUAACAGUGAGCAAUGAGCAGAACAACACCAUCCAUUUAAGCUGGGAGCCUCCUCCUCAUGAAACCCACAACGGGGUCAUACAGGGUUACCAGGUGUGGUGUGUGGAGUCUGAGGAGCAGCGGUACCAAAACUGGACCGUGGACAGUGGCCGACACAACCUUGAUAUCUCUACUCUCAAACCAGGGAGACGAUAUUGGAUCACCAUAGCAGCUGUCAACGGAGCUGGAGUCGGACAGCUGAGUGACCCUCAUGGAUUUCUCAUCAACCCACAAAUAGGUGGCCCCCCUGGGUCAGACAGCCAGAGAGGGGAUCUGUCUCAGGUCCUGGCCCUGCUUCAGGACCCAGUCUUGAUCGGCAGCAUUGGUGCCCUCCUGUGGUGCGUUUUGAUGGUUGCAGUUGUCUACCUCUUCAAACGCCACAGCAGGACAGGGCACCUGAUGUCAGGACAUGGCAGGGCUAAAGGUUUGCACAGGCUACCCAGUGAAGAUCUCAUCAUAAAACACAGGAUGGCAGCUCCAGACUCCCCUUGGAUCCCUGGAGGCUGGAGACCUGCCUUCAACCAGAAGUAUCAGGACUUAUGGGCCCAGGGUCAGACACAUCCAGGCAUCAGGGGCACCAGCCUCCCAGUCUCCUGGAAGGACCCCAGCUGCGUGGACUCAGCUGUCCCCAUCGCGUCCGACAGCUGUGGCGUUUACGGCACUUUUUACGUGGACCUGAUUGGCAACGGUCUCAAGACCUUUAACAGUCCUGGGCGUCGCACUAAAUUGCCUCAUGGUGUGCCCCACCAGCAAGGAACUGAGACCAUCCAGAUCUUCUCUCAGCCUGUCGCAAAGACCUCGCCCCUCGGUAGCUGCGAGGCGCUACCAUGGAAACAUGCUAUACGCCCCCAGCCCAAGAUGGGUGUGCUGAGGGAGUCACGGGAAAAAACCCACAGCAAGCAAGAGUUGUAUGCAGUGAACAGCGUCCCCAUAGUGCCCACCAGGAUCCAGGCUUGUCCAUCCAGUGUGUACAAACAGAGACUCAGUCACAUACCAUCAGGCCGGCACGGUGGACAUCCACACUGGGAUAAUAUUGCUGGCUGUCCUCGACUGCUGCAAUACUCUGCAUCGUUACACCUAGUGGACAUGCUACCCCCCCCGCCACCAAUGCCCAUAGAGGACACCACGGACACACACAGCCGCACCUCGGAUGAAGGCUCCAGUCGUUCUACAAAGCUAACAGUGGACAUGGGCUCUCUCCAGUCAGUGUGUGCUGCGUCAGGCCACCGUGUGCAACCUCGACCCCCCACCACCACCACCACCACCACCAGCUGCCCCUCCUACAGCCACCUGUCCUCUACGUCAUAUUCCAUGUCAAUGGAGGACGAACAGUGUGGCACGCUGACAGCACAUGAAGCUAUCCAGUAUCUGGAGCUCAGCCCGAAACCUGAGAGAUGCAGCAGUGCCCUGCCUCAGCAGCAUCCUUCCCUGCCCCGCCACUUCUCCCCCACCCUGGGCUACAUCUGUGGGCCUGUACGCUCCCCUCAGAUGGAGGAGGACCCUGCCACCGAUGAGCCUGAGGUCCCACCGAUUGGCUUGAGACGUGCCCGCCUCCAGAGCACACCUUCCUCCUGCUACAGUGAAUGGGACAGCUCCCUGUGGAACACCUGGAGCUCGGUCUCAGACAGCAACACGGCCAGCGCUCGCACCAGCCUCAUCAGCUCGGUGGACAGCUGCUACACUAACGACAGCGCCAACUUCUCCCGCUUGCUGGCCGCGGCAGCUGAGACCAUGAGUGGAGGCUCUCUGUCAGACUUCUCUCCACCAGCCUCCCCCCUCAGCGCUUUGUAUCCGUCAUGUUGUGAAGGCGACUCGUUCGGCGAGCUGGAGCCUGUUCCUGCGUGGGACUGGAGCAUGGCCUGGGUGGAAGACAUGGAGGCUCAGUACAGAGCACACUAUCCUGGCAGAAACACCAAACCCUUUGACACAUAGGGACUCUGCCAGGAGAGAAAAACAUACAACAAAACCGAGUUUGGAGAACUUCAGGAACAUCUCACAGCAACGCCGGAACUGCAAGACGAGAAGAAGGGACAGACCUGAUAACUGAUUUUCUGUGCCGGAAUUUGAAGGUCUAAAUAAUUCAGGGUUUGAUGUGUAGCAUUUCCCAGUCAAGAAUAGAUAAAUCUCUGGCUUUUAAAUAUAAUUGGAGCCAACUCCUUGAUGUUCGAGACACUUCUGGCAGCAGAUGCAUGUCUGUUGUUUGCCUGUAAUAGUUUUCCCAGUUUACAUCAGUGCAGUCCGGCUACUAUUUGCAUCCUUCAAAUGACUUCCAUUGAGUUUCUAAAGUUUUCUUCCCUCUCUGUAUCCUUACUGCUUAUUAGAGAAGAGGAUAAUGAGAUCCUUCCCUCGGGAUGUUCUCACCCAGUGUGUUUUGAAAAGGCCACAGAGACACAGAGACGGUGAGAAAGCAGUCAUUAGGCAGUUUUCCUCACAGCACAUUUUGUUUCUUAUCUUCAUGUUUGUAGCAGGAUUAGGUCUGGAGUCCUGCAAGAGGCUGGUUUACUGUGUAUACUAUAUAUUCAGCAUAUUCAACAAAUGUUAUUUAAAGAAUUCCAGAUUAUUUUGGUGAUUUCUUUUACAUUCUGGGAAAUCUUUUAUAUUUUACAAUUGUUUUCUACUUUAUACACUCUGUACAUUUUUUAAUGUUACACAAAGUUUGCAUCAGACAAAAAUAUUUAGUAGUUCAGAAUAGCAAACGUAGAAGGAGAUGUGUUCACAAUUAAUUGAACUAACUGGAGGUUUUGCCUUUAAAUAAGUUUAAUUUUAGGAGGCAGCAUGCUGACGUUUAUAUAGAAGUUCACUAAUGGCAGUAGAUUCAAAGUUUUACAUUUUGUAAGAAUCUGCAUUUUAUUGUGUUCACAUUACAAAUGUGUUUUAUAAUUUUGAAUAAAAUGUUAGAAUUGAUUGAUAUCGAGUUUUACAUUUGGAUUGUGUCCGAGCUGUGAAAUAAAAGCUUCUGCCAUGUUUUGUUUAGUCUUUUAUGUGAUUAUUUAAUUAUUAAAAACACGCCCCUACAUACUUUAUUUAGAUACAGGAUGUAUUCACACUUUCUCACAGAGGGUUUUUCACUUUGUCAUGUUAGUGCGUCACUCUUUCAGUUUGCCAUGGGAGCCUCUGAGGAUGUGGAUGAAGGGAAGGUUCUCUGCACACUGUCCCUCAGUGGCCUCAGGAUUGUAUUUGGCCCCUGCUGUUGCUAAUGGUUAUUUAUAGCAGGAAGGUAAUGUUUAGAACUCAUCUGUUUGUCUUGAUUAACCAAGACAAAUAAUGUGGCUGUACCUGCUAAUGGCUGCCAACCCAUUGGAGAGAAUAAACCUCAAAAAAAUCUAUGUUUUUGUGAUUUUGGAAGUGUGAUUUUUAACUCUGUAAUGUAAUGUUAUUAAUAAAGUUUCCUCUCCAAAAGAAA